AUGUCUAAGGAAUUGUGUGAUGCAAUUAAUACGAUCGAUAAUUAUUUUGUUGAUGAUCUGAACAAUCAGGGAGAAAAUAAUUAUAGGGAUUCAUUAAAUACGUUUUUCCCUAAUAGUGACAGUUGUAGUGGUGAAGAAAAUAUUAUCUAUGGUUUUAUAUUGUUACUAAACAUGUUUGGUAGUGAAAAUUUAGAAAGUGAUAAAAUUGUUGAAUACGCUAGUUUAUGGUUAAGUUAUAAACUAAAUCAAAAAAAAAAAAUUGGAAUCACCAAAUUAUACGAUUUUUAUACUGAAAAUAUAGAAAACAAUAGUUGUUAUAAGGGGAAUAUACCUAAUAAUAUUAAUAAGGAUAUUAUAGAUUCAAAAAUAAGAUCGAUGGAUAUUGAUAUUAAAGAUAUAUCUAAUUUUUAUGAUGCAUUUAAAUCAUUAUGUAACAUUUAUAGUGAAAUUAAUGCAGAAAAUAAUACUGAAUGCAAGACAUGUUUAGAAAAUGCUGGAGAAUUUUUUGAAAAAUGUGAAAAAGUUAAAAAUGUUUUUGAUAUUACUAAAGGAAGUUCUUAUUUACAACUAUGGUUAAGUUUAUCAAAAGAUUAUAAAAAUUUUGAAAAUAACUAUAAUAGUCAUUGGUGUAGUAAUGUCCCAUCAUUUGUAGCUUGUCCACGAAGUUCAGUAACAAAAAAUAUACUAAUUACAAUUGGAAUUAUAUUUGUUGCAGCAUCAAUUUUAUUGGGAGUUUCUUAUAAGUAUUCGUUAUUUGGAUUUCGGAAACGAUCUCAAAAACAACAUUUAAGAGACAUGGUAAAAAAAUAA